AUGUCAAGUGGUGAUAGUAAUUUAAAGAGAAGAAGAGGAGGAAAUACUGGUCAAUCAUCAAAAUCAUAUAAUACAUGGACUGAUUAUGAAGAAGAUUUAGAAGAAUCUGGUGAAUUUAAUCAAUCAAUAAAAAAAACAACAAAUACAUCAAGUGCAACAUUAACAUCAUCAGAAGAAAAAGGAUCACUUUUAGAUUAUUCAAAGAGGUGUAUAUUAAAACAAGAUAAUAAAUCAAGACCAAUUUGGGUUUGUCCAGAUGGUCAUAUAUUUUUAGAGACAUUUUCAGCAAUUUAUAAACAAGCAUCAGAUUUUUUAGUUGCAAUUGCAGAACCAGUUUGUAGACCACAAAAUAUACAUGAAUAUCAAUUAACACCUUAUUCAUUGUAUGCAGCGGUCUCUGUUGGAUUAGAAACCAAUGAUAUUAUUACAGUUUUAGGGAGAUUAUCAAAAUUAGCACUACCAAAAGAGGUUGAACAAUUUGUUAGACAAUGUACACAAAGUUAUGGUAAAGUGAAGUUAGUAUUACAAAAGAAUAAAUAUUUUGUGGAAUCUGCAUACCCAGAGGUAUUGGAAUUCCUCUUGAAAGAUUCAUCAAUUGCAACAGCAAGAAUAAAACCAACAUUGGAAGAAUCUGUGGUGGAUCCAAAAACUGGUUUCAUCAUUAAUAAAGAGGUUGUUACAGGUGCACAGAUUUCAGGUGGUUUACAAGCGAAUCAAUCAUUGGAUCCAGUUUUAAAGAAUGAUGCACUCUCUAAUCUAUUGGAGGAGGAGGAAGAGGAUACAGUAAAUAAUUCAGAUCAACAUUUUCAUUCAUUUGAAAUUGAUCCACAACAAGUGGAAGAAGUGAAAAAACGUUGUAUUCAAUUGGAUUAUCCAGUGUUGGAAGAAUAUGAUUUUCGUAAUGAUACAGUGAAUCCAAAUUUAAAUAUAGAUUUAAAGCCAACAACAAUGAUUCGUCCAUAUCAAGAGAAAUCUUUAUCGAAAAUGUUUGGUAAUGGUCGUGCUCGUUCUGGUAUUAUUGUAUUGCCAUGUGGUGCUGGUAAAUCACUAAGUGGUAUUACUGCAGCAUGUACAGUGAAAAAGAGUAUUCUGGUGUUGUGUACAAGUGCAGUGUCGGUGGAACAAUGGAAAUAUCAAUUUAAACUUUGGAGUAAUAUAGAGGAGAGACAAAUUUCAAAAUUCACAAGUGACAAUAAGGAAAAGAUUAGUAAUGUUGCAGGUGUUACCAUUACCACCUAUACAAUGGUUGCAUUUGGUGGUAGACGUUCAGCAGAAUCGUUAAAGAUUAUGAAUGAAAUUACCAAUAGGGAAUGGGGUUUGGUAUUAUUGGACGAGGUACAUGUAGUACCAGCAGCAAUGUUUAGAAAGGUUUUAACAGUGACAAAAGCCCAUUGUAAAUUGGGUUUAACAGCAACAUUGUUACGUGAAGAUGAAAAGAUUCAAGAUUUGAAUUUCCUUAUUGGUCCAAAACUUUAUGAGGCAAAUUGGUUGGAUUUACAAAAAGCAGGUUUCCUUGCAAAUGUUUCAUGUUCAGAAGUUUGGUGUCCAAUGACAGCGGAAUUUUAUAAAGAAUAUUUAAUCAAUGAUUCUCAAGGAAAGAAGAAACUUCUAUAUACAAUGAAUCCAAAUAAAUUCCGUGCUUGUGAAUAUUUAAUUAGAUUCCAUGAACAAAGAGGUGAUAAGAUCAUUGUUUUCUCUGAUAAUGUUUAUGCACUUCAAAAGUAUGCCAAAGGAUUGGGUAGAUAUUUCAUUUAUGGACCAACAUCAGGCCAUGAAAGAAUGAGUAUUCUCUCGAAAUUUCAACAUGAUCCAACCGUAAGAACCAUUUUCAUUUCAAAGGUUGGUGAUACCUCUAUCGAUAUUCCAGAGGCAACCGUUAUCAUUCAAGUUUCAUCACAUUAUGGUUCACGUCGUCAAGAGGCACAACGUUUAGGUCGUAUUCUUCGUCCAAAACCAAAAUCUGAUGGUCUUUACAAUGCUUUCUUUUAUUCUUUGGUUUCAAAAGAUACUCAAGAAAUGUAUUACAGUACAAAGAGACAACAGUUUUUAAUUGAUCAAGGUUAUAGUUUUAAGGUCAUUUCAGAGUUACCUGGUAUUGAUCAAGAAGUAAACUUAAAAUAUUCUUCAAAACAAGAUCAACUCGAUCUAUUGGCUCAAGUAUUGGGUGAAGGUGAAGAUAGUGGUAAAAAUGAAAUUUUAGAAGAAGAUUUCGAUGAUAUUACUCGUGGUGCAAAGAAAUCAAAAUCUUCUGCUCCAACAGUUUCAAGAACUACUGGUGGUUCAACUAGAGCAUUAUCUGGUGGUAAUGAUAUGAACUAUAUGGAAUAUCAAGCUCCUGCAAUUUAUAAAAGUAUUCCAACUCAACAUGCAUUAUUUAAACAACGUGCUAAAAAUAAACAAUAA